AUGGCGGGGGACCUCGCGGUGGGGAUGCUCUACAACUUACUGCUGCCACUGCUGCUGCUGGCCGUUUCUUUGUUCCGCUUCAAUGGCCUGUCGGUGGUGUACUUCCUGUUUCUGCUCACCUUGCCGCUGCUGCCCAACCCGACGCUCGUCACCAUGAAAGGUAACACGGGUCAGUUCCUGCGGUUCAUCAUCUACACGAGUCUGACUUUCCUGACCCUGCAGUGCUUCAUGCAGAUCCCCUUCGCCUACAUCCCUCCACACGUCAGUGGCCUCUGGGAAGACGUCCUCUACCACCUCGGCAUUGUAAGAUUCAGCUCAGUAGACGCUGGAAAUGUUGUGCGUCUGCUGGCUCCAGACAUUUGCCUCUUGUUCUCCUCGAUGUUCAUUCUGAGACUGUGCAAAAAGCUGCUGCGCCCCGCGCCCCAAGUCAGCCUUCAUGAAAACGGGAUCCCGCCCCCUGACCCCGAGGAAGUGGAGACCUCGGGCACAGACUCGGAGGGGGGAAGCGACUCGGAGGGCUCGUCCUUCGACAGCUCGGAUGAGACCAGCGUUCCGGCUCAGACGGAGCCCCCGCAGUUCAUCCAGAAGUUUAUGGUGUUUGCGGCCGGACUGAGACUGCUGCUGUCGGCUAUCAUGAACACGGCGGGGAAAGUGGUGGUGACGGUGCUGCUGGGACUCGCAGGCAUCACGCUGCCCUCGCUCACCUCGGGGGUGUACUUCGGGGUGUUUCUCGGCCUGGUUUGGUGGUGGGUGUUCGACCGCUCCAUCGGCAUGCUUCACUUCAGCUCCUUGUGCGUGAUGAUGACCAUCUUCAGCGGCGGACACCUGCUGGCGCUGUACCUGUAUCAGCUGCCCCUGUCGCAGCAGCUGGUGCCGCCCGACGACAUCUACCCCAGGUUGUUCGGUAUGACAGGAAUAAUCAGAACCAACAGUUCAGACCGCCACACUCUCGGCCUGCACACUCAUAUCACCUGGCCGGACUUCGUCAACCCUCUGGUCCUUCUGCUGCUUUACUACACGCUGAUGGCUCUGCUGCACAAAUGGGUCCACAUCACAGAGGAGGAGGGUUUAGUUGAUGGUGAGGACCUUAACAGUCCAAUAGAAAGUCCAGAAGUUCCCCCGAGUUUCUCCAGAGUCAUCUACGUCUCAGGAGACAAGCAAGAGCUUUUGAGCAGCACAGAUGAAGAAACUUAUCUUCCUGAUGAGCCGAUGAUUUUGAUGACUGCGACCUCCUGGCAAGACGUUCGCAGCAGCAACCUCGGAGGUCUGCUAGGAGGGGCGGGCUACACAAACUGUUACUCUCCACCACACUACGAGGGAAAAGCAUCUCCGCUGCACGAGACAGAAAGUGAAGGAGAAAUGUUGCAGGACAGCGAGGAGGUUAUCAGGAGCUGCACAGAGACCUUGCCUCCCCCGUCCGGCCCGAGCGGGCUGGUCGUCUUCGGCAGACUGGUGCAGAAACACAGCUACGUCAGCGCCCUCAUCAUCAUGAUGGUGUGGAGCAUCACGUACAACAACUGGCUGACUUUCGCCCUGCUCGUGUGGUCCUGCAUCAUCUGGAUGAUGAGGGACCGGCGGCGGUACGCCAUGAUGUCGGCUCCCUUUCUGGCUAUCUACGGCACGGUGCUACUGGUGCUGGGCUUCCUGAGCGGCCUGCGCCUCAGCCGGCCCGAGCUCUACCCCGGGCUGCCCCCCGCCGUCAUAGUGGACUUCGACCUGAACAGCUACCACCCUGCGCCCUGCGUCCACCUGGGGGCCAAGGUCUUCUAUAACUUCAGCUUCUGGCUGAUGUUUCGCCAGCAGCUGACGGAGAGACGAGAGGAGCAGAGCUUGAAGGCAGAAUCUUUGGAUGAAGUCAAAGUCGUGCAACCGGAGGAGAGUCAGCCAUCGCCUCUCGUAGCCUUGCUGAUCUCAGCGGUGAAAGGGGUGUUGGUGAAAUACUGGAUCCUCUUCUGCUGCUCCAUGUUCUUUGUGGUCAGCUUCUCUGGAAAGGUUGUUGUCUACAAAAUCCUCUACAUCGUCCUCUUCCUCUUCUGUGUUGUUCUUUACCAGACCCGCUAUGAUGUGUGGCGCCGGGUCCUGAAGACCUUCUGGGCGGUGGUGGUGGGUUACUCCAUGGUGGUGCUGAUCGCCAUCUACAUGUAUCAGUUCAGGAGCGUGUCUGGGCUCUUCAGGCAGAUCAUGGGCAUGUCGGAGGACGGUCUUCGUGAUCUGGGUUUGGAGCGCUACGACACGGUGGAGCUGUUCGCUCGCAUCCUCCUCCCGGCUGCCUUCCUGCUGGCCUGCAUCCUCCAGCUGCAUUACUUCAACGCAGACUUCCUGACUCUCACAGACCUGGACAAUGUACCUGUGAGACAGACUUCCAGAGAGGAAGAACUCAAGAAUUCAAUCUCUGUCAUAUCUGACACCAUUAAAGAAAACAUCGAGAAGCUCCAGAAAAGACUUGCGAAGGAGCAGCUGGGAAGUGCAAAAAGUCAGGAGACCCUGGACAGUGUGGCACUGCAGACGUCCUCAGAGAAAGGAGCCGAGGAUCCGGAGGGGACUGAAGACACUGUGCAGAGCAGUGAGAACAAGUGGGUCGUGAUCGUGGACCGGGCGAGCCUGCUCCUCCUUCAGGCUCUGUCGGGGCUUCGCAGGCUGCAGGAGCUGAGCUGGAGACUGAUGGAGCUCCACAGCCUCAAAAUUGUGUCUUCCGGCAUCAUCUGGGUGUCGCUGCAGGAGGUCUCUCUGAUGAACUUGCUUUUCUUGGUUCUGUGGGUGUUUGCCCUCCCGUUUCCACGGUUACGACCCCUGGCGUCCAGCAUCUCUGCGGUGUGGGCCUGUGUCAUGGUGGUGUGCAAGAUGUUUUACCAGCUCAAAGUGAUCAGGCCCCUCGAUUAUUCCUCCAACUGCACUGCGGGCUUGCUGCCCACAAACAGCUCUGGCCUGGAAGACGGAGCGGAGCUGAGGGGGAACCUGGUGGAGCUGCUCAGGAGGUCCAUCCUCUACAUCGAGCCCGUCGACCCCGUCUACUGGUGCGGAGCGCUGCGCAAGUGUGAGGGUCGGAUCCUGCCCUGCCUCAGGAACCAUCUCAUGGUGCUGGCUCUACUGGUGUUCGAGGCGACUGUCCACCGCCACCAGCUCUACUUCCGGCUGCGUAACGACCUGAAGCCUCCACCCUUCAGCAUCAUCUUCCAGGGCAUCACCAGGACGCACCUGGACCACGGGGUCCUGCCCUGCAUCAAGUACUUCAUCAACUUCGGUUACUACAAAUUUGGACUGGAGAUCAGUUUGAUCGUGGCGGUCAACGUGAUCGGUCAGAGGAUGGAUUUCUACGCGCUGCUUCACUCUUGCGCCCUGUUGGCCGUUCUGUUUCGGCGCCGCAGGAAGGCCAUCGGGGAAGUGUGGCCCAAAUACUGCUGCUUCACGGCGGGGCUCAUGGUGCUGCAGUACCUGCUCUGCAUCGGCAUCCCUCCUGCUUUCUGUGUUGAUUACCCCUGGAGAACCGCCUUCCAGCCUCUGACGUCUAACGUCAUUAAAUGGUUCUAUAUGCCCGACUUUGCCAUGAGGCCCAAUCCUUUGUUCAUAUUCUAUGACCACCUCCUGUUGCUCUGCUCGUCUCUGCAGUGGCAAGUGUUUGAGGAGGAGAACCGAGCGGCCGUGCGGCUCCUGGCCGGAGACAACGUUGAAAUCAGCCGCAGCUUGGAUCCAUGUUCCUUCAACCAGUUCAUACCUGUUGACAACUUCCUCCACUGCAGGUCCUACCUGGACAUGGUGAAGGUGUUCGUCUUCAGUUACUUCUUCUGGCUGGUGCUGUGCCUCAUUUUCAUCACCGGCACCACGCGGAUCAACAUCUUCUGUCUGGGCUACCUGGUGGCCUGUUUCUACUUCAUGCUGUUUGGAGGCAGCGUGCUGAUGCAGCCGGUCAGGUACAUCCUCAGACUGUGGGACUGGCUCAUCGGAUACACUUGCUUCGUGAUCGCCAUGAAGAACCUGCUGUCUCUCGGUUCUUGUGCGUACCUGGACAGCCUGCUGAAGAGUGGCUGCUGGUUGAUUCAGGCCUUCAGCAUGGUCUGCACCAUCAAAGGUUACGAUGUCCCGGAUCCCGACGAUCAGUGUGAGCUGCCGGAGGGUGAGGCCGGCAUCGUCUGGGACGCGAUUUGCUUCACCGUCCUUCUGGCACAGAGGAGAGUUUUCCUCAGCUACUACUUCCUGUAUGUGGUGUCUGAUCUCAAGUCUUCCAAGAUAUUAGCGUCCAGGGGUGCUGAGCUGUUUGAGGCCAGAGUGAAGAAACAGGUCGCAGCCAGGCUGGAGAUGGAGAAGAAAUCUGUAGAGGCGCUGAAAAAACAGAUGGAGAAAAUCAAAUCUAAACAGAAGAGUCGGCCUGCUCCAGCAGAUAAAACUGAACCUCCACCUGACAAGGAGCAGGAGACACAAGAUGCUGAUGAAAAGGCAAAGAGAGAUGCAGGGAAGUGGUGGAAGCCGUGGGUCUCCAAGCCUGGAGUGGAAAACAACUGCGGCUACCACCUGUUUGAGAGCGACAGUGAGGAGGAGGAGGAGGAAGCCCCAGAGAAGAGCGAGGAGGAGAAACCUCCUCCAAAGAAAUCUGCUUUCCAGUUGGCCUACGACGCCUGGGUCACCAGCUCCAAGACGGCUCUGAAGGACCUGAAGAAGGAGAAGAAGAAACAGAAGAAAGAGGAGAAGAAGAGGGCGAAGAAAGAGCUGCAGAGGCAGCAGGGAAUCGAGCGGCAAGACUCCAGUGAGGAUGAGCUGGAUGAAAGCACCGUGGCCGAGGAGGAGAUAGAGGAAGAGGGAAAAGAAAACAUCCUCCACCGCGUCAUUAACACGAUAAAGUUCAGCUGGGUGUUUGUUCAGUCUCUGCUGGACGACUUGACGCAGGGUUUGAACUCCUUCUGUAAGGAAAGUCUGGACAUUUCCAAAGUGCUGCGCUUUGAGCGCGCGCUGCUCAGCCAGCAGCUGAAGAAGGGCAAAGAAGUGAGUCAGGAGAGUGUGAAGCAGUUUUACGACAGCUGGAUGUCCCGUCAGAACACUCUGUCGUCUCAGGACGAUCUGGAUCGAUCCACGCCUCCUCCCCCGUCUCCCCCUGAUGCCCUGUCUUCGCGCCAGGCCUACGCCAAGCUGAAGAACCAAGCCUCCAGGGUGUCCUGGGGCAGCAGCGUUUCCAGCUGUAUGACAGACGAGACCCUGCUGGGCUCGCGGCAGCCCACGCAGGACGAGCUGGACGAGCCUCCAGGCUUCUCUCCGGCUGCAAACCAGCUCAGACGGAGGCUCUUCAAGGAGGCCAACGUCGACAUGUCCUCUUUUGAGAACGAUGGACUUUCACCAAGCUCCGAAUAUAAACAAGAAAUCUGUGAACCAAAGGACGAGGAGGAAGAGAGCGAUCCAGACGGUGAGAGAAACUACGAGCAUGAGGUGAAUGAAGAGGACCAGGAAGAACAGCAAGGGCAUCCUGAAGAGGAGAAGGACGAGCCAGAAGAGGAAACACCCUGGAGAGAAGAGGGGGAAGGUGCUGAUUACCCAGAAUGCCAGGCGCUUGAACUCAGGGAGAGCGACGGAGAGAAAAGUCUUGAUCUGCCAGAGUCUCCCCGACCUCUCAGUCAGGAAACCAGAAACCUGACCGCCAGCGAGCUGCUGCUCAACAACAUGUUUGAAAAUGAGGAGAUCUUCGAAUCCGAUAAGUUUUUCACCACGCUGCCGAGGCCGCUGAAGCUGCUGUUCGCGCUCUACAACACCAUGGUGUCCAAGUCCGAGAUGCUGUGCUACUUCGUCAUCAUCCUCAACCACAUCGUGUCGGCCUCCUUCCUCUCCCUCAUCCUGCCCAUCCUCAUCUUCCUGUGGGCCAUGAUGUCCGUGCCCCGGCCCACCAAACGCUUCUGGAUGACGGCCAUCAUCUACACGGAACUGACUGUCGUUGUGAAGUACUUCUUCCAGUUUGGUUUCUUCCCAUGGACCACCUCUGCCUACCGCGGCAUCAACGCCGAGCGGCCCUUCGCCUUGCCCAACAUCAUCGGGGUGGAGAAGAAAGAUGGCUACGUCCUCUUUGACCUCAUCCAGCUGCUCGCUCUGUUCUUCCACCGAUCCAUCCUCAAGUGCCACGGCCUGUGGGACAACAAGGAGGUGGAGAUGCCUGAUUUCUUCAAGAAGAUGAAGAAGAAAGUGGACAAGAAGAAGAUGACGUCAGCAGAGAAGAGCGGCAGUAAGGAAAAACCGUCCCGCAGGCUGAAGUUUCUCCCCUUCCAGGCCUCCACCACCUCCUUAUUCUGCAGGCAGAGAAAAGGCGAGUCGGCCGAGUCCAACGGUGAGUCUUCAGAGAAGCCCAAGAAGGAAAGCAAGAAAAAGAGACGACAGGGUCGUAACAAAGUCCCACUGACCAGAAAACAGAGGAUCAGGCAGCAGAUCAGGGAGAGGAUGCUGCAAGUCAAAGCUGCCGUCAUAGAAGUCGCCCUGCACAUCUACCUGCCAAUCCGGCAGUUUUUCUACGACAUCAUCCACCCAGACUACAGCCCCGUGUGCGACGUCUACGCCCUCAUGUUCCUCAUCGACGUGGUCAACUUCAUCGUCACCAUAUAUGGGUACUGGGCGUUCGGGAAAUACUCCGCAGCCGCGGACAUCACCGAGUCUCUGUCGGAGGACCAGGUGCCCGAGGCCUUCCUGGUCAUGCUGCUCAUGCAGUUUGGGACCAUGAUAGUAGACCGGGCCCUGUAUCUGAAGAAGUCUCUGCUGGGGAAGUGUGUUUUCCAGGUGGUUCUGGUGUUCGGCAUACACUUCUGGAUGUUCUUCAUUCUUCCCGGAGUCACCGAGAGGAGGUUCAACAGGAACCCAGUCGCCCAGCUGUGGUACUUUGUGAAAUGCAUCUACUUCGGUUUGUCCGCCUACCAGAUCAAAUGUGGCUACCCAAACCGCAUCCUGGGCAACUUCCUCACCAAGAACUACAACUACCUGAACCUCUUCCUCUUCCAAGGUUUCCGGAUGGUCCCCUUCCUGACGGAGCUGAGGGCGGUGAUGGACUGGGUCUGGACCGACACCACUCUCUCUCUCUCCAGCUGGAUUUGCGUGGAAGAUAUUUACGCUAACAUAUUUAUCCUGAAGUGCUGGAGGGAGUCUGAGAAAAAAUACCCUCACACUCCGGGGCAGAAGAAGAAGAAGGUGGUGAAAUACGGGAUGGGAGGAUUUCUCAUCUUCGCUCUCAUCAGCAUCAUCUGGUUCCCGCUUCUCUUCAUGUCACUGGUCCAGUCGGCAGCUGGUGUCACUAAUCCUCCUGUGGAUGUCUCCAUCCAGCUCAGCAUCGCGGGAUACGAGCCUCUGUUCACCAUGACCGCUCAGGAGCAGAACCUGGUUUCAUACACAGAAGCUGGAUUCAACAGACUCACCAAAGUUUAUGCCACGCAUCCAUCAGCCAUGCAGUUCAUUAUGAACUACGAGGCGGAGGACAUCGUUGUUGCAAAGAUCAAGAGUGACGCCAGCCUGCUGUGGAGCAUCAGCCCGGCCAGCCGAGCAGCCAUGAUACAGGAGCUCAGUAACUCCUCUCACAUAUACAUAACGCUGCGCUGGACACUGCUCAGGAAUGCUUCCAUAUCGAUGAACGCAGAGACGAUUGGAGAACACACUGUGAAGUUUGAGGACAAAGCCUUGAGGGAAGAGAUUGUCCGCAUGCUUAAUGGAAACAGCAGCAAACCUGUGAUCAUUGAUUCGGUGCUGCCAAAGUUCCUCAGAGGUCCCAAAGGACCAGAAUCCAAGAUGGCAACCAGGAUGAGAGUUGAGGACCGUCCAGAACUCCGGCAGCUGGCUUUCUUCAGACCACUUUCAGUUAAACUUCAGCAGGUCACCAGCACGAAGGAGAGGGAGGCGGACCAGUGGUGGGUGGUGGAGGAGUGCUCUCCAGUUCUUACCGCCUCCGAGCACAAGUGUCGCAGCAUUGAGAUCGUGAUCUUCAGUGAUAAGGUCAGCCCCUCCAGCCUGGGCUUCCUGGCUGGACAUGGCAUCGUGGGCCUGUACAUGUCAGUGGUCCUGGUCAUUGGGAAGUUCGUCAGGGAAUUCUUCAAUGGGAUUUCGCGGUCCAUCAUGUUUGAGGAGCUGCCGUGCGUGGACAGAGUCCUGAAGCUCUGCACAGACAUCUUUGUGGUUCGGGAGACGGGAGAGAUGGAGCUGGAGGAGACCCUGUUUGAGAAACUCAUCUUCCUCUACAGAUCUCCAGAAACCAUGAUCAAGAUGACCAGAGAAAAGAAAGACAGCUAGGACUUUGCAACAAGCCCAUCAGGCCCAUCACGUUAGUAUGGAAGUCUGAUUGAAAUCGAUUUACAAGAGCACAAACGACAGCAGGGACAACCUACAAUUACAUAACGAAUGCAUUAUAACCGUGAACUUUGAGGAGCUCUAAAGGAUGAAGCAUUUUUUUCUUCUAGACUUUGCUGCCGCUUGACCUCCGACCUUUACAGAAAAGAGGAUUUUUAUUCAUUUAUUCCUUGUGUAAAACCAGUUAUUAAAGAUCACGAUAAAACAUCCCUUGAAGCAUCAGAAACACAUUUUGAUUCUACAGAUUGCAAUUUUACCUAAAUUGGAUUUCAUUUUAUCAGUUUACUGACAAAGCACUUAACCGUUGCAUUCACCUCUAUCACCGUGUAUGAGAUGGUAUAUUGAGUGGACAACAAAUUACAGUUAAAGUGAAAGGCUUUGUCAGUUAUCAUUUAAUGUAUUUUGGUUUCCAGCACGCUGGGCAGUGCAUGUCUUUCUUCUAAUAGUUCUGGUUAAUGUUUUUACUGUCCCAGAGUUAGAACCACAGCCCACUUUCAGACUUGGGAAUUACUAGAGGACAGAUGCACUCAUGGAUCAACACACACAUACCUCCGUAAAUACCAUGUUUGGGUAUCUGUACACAACCACUGCAUCAAUGUAUUUAUAUCAAAAUUAAAAUGUUUGACAAAUCAUGUUCAUGUG